GAAGCAGCGCCGGGCCGCUGAGACGCUCCGGUCAUCGGGCGACAUCCAAUUUUUUUGAGUCACGAGCGACAGUUCAAGCGAUACUGAGCUAGACUCACUCUCAUUUUCACUUUUCUGCGUGAGAGCUCAUUUUCAUCUCACAUAACAGCUACUAGAAGGUAUCACAGAUCCCUUCCAUAACCUCCAUUGGGAUAACCGUCGAUCGACGUGAAGCUUCCACCCCGCCUCACCGAAUUGAUCUGAACCCCUCACCUCAUCUCAAAUCCUCAGCCCACACACACACACUCUCACACACUCACCCCCUUGCCUCAUCCAACCAACUUACACCGCCCGCCAGCCUCGCCCACCAUGACCAAAGAGACGUUCGUGAUCAAGACGCCCUCGUCCUCGGCCAACAUCGGCCCCGGCUUCGACGUCAUCGGCCUCGCCCUCUCCGUCUACCUCGAGCUGCACGUCACCGUCGACCGCUCAAAGACAUCCUCCUCGGAACCUCUCAACUGCCGCCUCACCUACGAGGGCCAGGGCGAGGGCUCCUCCGACAUCAGCCUCGACCCUUCCGUCAACCUCAUCACUCGCGUCGCCCUCUACGUCCUGCGCUGCCACGGCCAGCGCAUGUUCCCCGUCGAGACCCAUGUCCACAUCAAGAACCCCAUCCCGCUCGGCCGCGGCCUCGGUAGCUCCGGCUCCGCUGUCGUCGCCGGCGUGAUGCUCGGAAAGGAGGUCGGACACCUGGAUCACCUGAGCUUGGACAGAUUAUUCGACUUCUGUUUGAUGAUUGAGAGACAUCCCGACAACGUCGGCGCCUCGCUCUAUGGCGGAUUCGUCGGCACCUACCUCCGCCCCCUAAAGCCCGAAGACGUCCAGCGCAUCGAGAUUCCCCUCAGCGAAGUCCUGCCCGCCCCGGCAGGUGGCGUCGACACGGGUGAGACCCCGCCGGAGCCGCCCCACGGCAUCGGCCACCACAUCAAGUUCCCCUGGGCCAAAGAGAUCAAGGCUAUCGCCAUCAUUCCCGACUUCCAGGUUCCAACUCACCUCGCCCGUGAAGUGUUGCCGCCUCACUACACACGUCCCGAUGUUACCUUCAACAUGCAGAGAAUAGCUCUCCUCCCCGUAGCCCUGGGCACCUCCCCCCCGGACCCGGAGCUCAUCCACCUCGCCAUGCAAGACAAGAUCCACCAGCCCUACCGCCAGACCCUCAUCCCGGGCCUAAGCCAGAUCGUCGAGGGCAUGUCCCCCAGCACGCAGCCGGGCUUCCUCGGCGUCUGCCUGUCCGGCGCGGGCCCCACCAUCCUCGCGCUCGCCACGAGCAACUUUGAGGAGAUUGCCAACAAGAUCAUCAAGAUCCUCAGGGAGAACAAUGCCGAUAAGAAUGUCGGCUGCGAGUGGAAGAUUCUGGAGCCCGCUGAGGGAACGCAGGUCAUCCGGUGAAGCAAAGUAUGAGCUGGCGAAAAAGAAAAGAUUUGAAAAUUUAGAACACGUAUUUGGGCGAUUGGCAAUGUUAUCAAGCAUUUAGAGGUCGGGAAAUUUAGAAUCUCGUUAUGAUACCCAG